AUGCUGCAGCUGCUGCUCCUCUUCAUCUUUGCUCUACCUUUGGGUACUGUCUCUACUCCGGUCGACAGCCCCUUUAAGCUACAGCGUCAGGGCUGUCCCCCGUUUUCGUACGGUUUCAAUGGCCGCUGCUACAAGUAUGUUGCCACUCAUGUGACCUGGGCUGAUGCUGAGCUGCACUGUGUGUCAAUGGGAACCAACCUGGUGUCUAUUCACAGCCUGGAGGAGCAGAAAUUCGUCGAAACUCUGAUCAGAAACUUCGACCCUGCUGGAGGAUGGACCUGGAUUGGACUCAGUGACACCCAGAAGGAAGGGAGCUGGAUGUGGUCGGAUGGAUCUGCAGUAAAUUUCUUCUCUUGGUUAGGAGGGCAGCCUGAUAAUGCUGAAACUAACGAACACUGUGUACACCAGCAUAGCGGAGUAGAACUAAAGUGGAAUGACUUCUUGUGCUCUAGACCGUUGCCUUUUGUUUGUGCGUCUCGUAACAUUUGCCCUUAACUGCUGAAAGGGUUAUUUGUUACUUUCCAUCUGUAACUCUACAGUGAUGACUCAUGUCAAGAUAUAAUGAAAGUAGAAGUUAAAUCACUUUACAAGCCACGUGAAGAGUUGUUUUCUUCCAGGGAAGAAUAUCACCUGGCUGUAAACCAUAAAAACAUGUUCAUCUAUCACACUUGCAUCAAUAGUUAUUUAGUGUUGCUCAAUGAGCAACUUUAUGCCAAAAAAAUCUUUGGUUAUCUUGAUCUAGAGGCCAAAGAGCACACUAGAUAAAAAUAAAAAAGUUUGUGGCCCUGCCAGGAAAGACUCGAUUUGUCUCUUGAUUUUUUUUUCUGUAUUAUGUCAGGCCUGUUCACUGUGAUCAUGUCAGUAAAGAGUUCAAAUAAAAUGUACAUGUAAUGCAAUACAGAUACAUCUGUAUGCAAACAAUGCCCUGUUUUUAUUUGCUAAUCCCACAUAUUCACACCAUCUGUCAGUCAAUCGAAGAUAGUAUAAAAUACAAUACAAAAGGUUUAUCACUCCCGGAAGAAAAAUUUUGUUUAGAAUUAUGUUAGAAGGGUUAAACCAUCUCUGGUAAACAAAUAAAGCCAGACCUCCUCCUUUCUUCUUGCCACUAGCAUCUCUGUCUGACCUUAUGAGAGUGAAGCCAGGUAGAUCCACACUGGAGUCCAAGUUGUGUUGAUUUGUGUGUGUGUGUGUGUGUGUGUGUGUGUGUGUGUGUGUGUGUGUGUGCGUGCGUGCGUGCGUGCGUGCGUGUGUGUGUGGCCUUAGGUGUGACUUUGUAUGUGACUGUUGACUGUUGAGUGUUGGGGUUGGGUGGUUGGGUGGUUGGGUGGAAGGACGUGGAACUGUUUUCAAAUAAACUGUAAAGCACUUUGUGUUACAUAUUCUGUAUGAAAAGCACUUUAUAAAUAAAGUUUUGAUUGAUUGAUUGAACCAGGUUUCAGUAAAGCACAGGAGACUGCACUCAGGUAUGCUUUCUCAGUCUUCAACAAUUUUUUUCCAGCUCAUCACUGUUGUUAGGAAGAGUCGACAUUUCCCAUGAUGAUUGAAGGAAGAAAAAGUUGAUAUCUCAGUUUGGUAGUCUUCAACAUUGCCUUCACCUCCACACCAGCACGGCAACCAUAAAAAACACCUCCAACACUCAGAGAGACCAGACUUUGCCGCUCCUUGGUUGAGCACAGGUUCUGGGUUUGGGUCCUUAUCAAUUAUUGACAUUAAUCUGAUAAAGUGAUACAUCAGUUCCUCUGACUACUCUGUCUACUCUGAGAUGUAAGAAAACAGGCCAGUGUAUGAGCCAUUUGAUCUAUAUUAUUUUUGGGGUUUUUGUUUUGUUACUCGCACAGUCACCACAAGGGGCACUUCAGGUGAUUGGAGGUAAACGGUACAAAGGGACAGUGAUCCGGGGGACGGGAAGAGCACAUGGUUUUUACCACUGAUUUCUGACACCACUCUCACCCUCAUCACAAAAUCACCAAUGUAGUAAGUUGGACAUAUAUUUGGUAAGUCUUUUUUGUUAGUUUUUCACUAAAUCAAUAAAUGGCAAAAAUAUAACUCAAUAACAACCUGGGAUUGGACAUUGGAUUGUACAAAAAGUGCGUCAAAAACACCUCACUCUCACACCCAGACAGUGACUAAAAUUCAGGUCAGCAUAGUCACUACAGCCAGAGUUCACUGAUAGUGGAUGAAAACUGUGAUUAUUUAUUACUGAUCUUUUGUUUCUUUGUUUUGCAGCCUUGUUUGAUUUCUGUUCCAACACUCCUUUAUCAGCUGAUAUUCAUAUGUACAUUUACCAACCCUCAUAAUCAUCACGUUUGAGGUCACAUGAUCUCACCUGAUACUGAGGUGACCUUCGAUGUAAUAAACAGGCUUUUCUUUUUUAUUUCCAAGGAAGUGUUUGGUCUCAGGGAGGGGUUUAUUGUCGAUGAGGAGGAUAAAUGUUUAAUCUAAUCUAAAUAGGAAAAUAUGCUGACCUUAAUAAGAAUAACUAACUUUAAUAUCAACUUAAAAGGGACAAGGUACAUGGAGUAAAUUUGUGGUUGAAGCGUAUAAAAAGGGAAACUUGCACUGCCUUUCAGAGAUCCUCAAUAACGUGGUGCAGUACAGAUCAAGAACUCCAAAGACAGACUCUGACUCCAAGAUGCUGCAGCUGCUGCUCCUCUUCAUCUUUGCUCUACCUCUGGGUACUGUCUCUACUCCGGUCGACCGCCCCUUUAAGCUACAGCGGCGGAGCUGUCCCCCGUUCUGGUACAGUUUCAAUGGCCGCUGCUACAAGUAUGUCGCCACAACGAUGACCUGGGCUGAUGCAGAGCUGCACUGUUUGUCACAGAGAGCCAACUUGGUCUCCAUUCGCAACCAGGCUGAAAAUAACUUUGUCAAAACUUUGAUCAGGAACUUUGACCACUCUGAGAGUCUGACCUGGAUUGGACUCAGUGACAUUCACAAAGAGGGACAAUGGAUGUGGUCUGACGGCUGUCCUGCCAGAUAUUUCUUUUGGGCCGCAGGAGAACCAAACAACCUGAAUGUUGAACAUUGUGUCCAUAGCAAUUUUGGUCCACAAAAAAGAUGGAACGAUGUUAGAUGUUCUUUACGGUAUCCCUCUGUUUGUGCCACUCGUGUGAACUGUGUUUAG